CAAGGGGCAGAUCCAGGAUAAGGAGGGCAUCCCCCCAGACCAGCAGAGGCUCAUCUUUGCAGGCAAGCAGCUGGAAGAUGGCCGCACUCUUUCUGAUUACAACAUCUAGAAAGAGUCGACCCUGCACCUGGUCCUGCGUCUGAGGGGUGGUAUGCAGAUCUUCGUGAAGACCCUGACCGGCAAGACCAUCACCCUGGAGGUGGAGCCCAGUGACACCAUCGAAAAUGUGAAGGCCAAGAUCCAAGAUAAAGAAGGCAUCCCUCCUGACCAGCAGAGGCUCAUCUUUGCAGGCAAGCAGCUGGAAGAUGGCCGCACUCUUUCUGAUUACAACAUCCAGAAAGAGUCCACUCUCCAUCUGGUUCUUCGUCUGAGGGGUGGCUGUUAAUUCUUCAGUCUUGAAGUUCAUAGUGCCCAAUGAUGGCAUUGCUCUGCACUCUAGCCAUUUGCCCCAGUUUAAGUUUAGAAAUUACCAGUUUCAGCAAUUGCUGAAAUACUGGUUUUCUCAAUAGCUGUUCAAAAUGUUAAUAAAAGUUUUGUUGCAUGGUAGCA